AUGGCCAGAAAUUUACCCGCAGGAUGGGAAGAGAGGUUUGAUCCCACUCACAAUCGUCCUUAUUACGCGAAUCAUAAUAAUAGGACAACAACAUGGUAUGAUCCUCGAAUCGAACAUCUCGGUCCGCCACCACCUUAUCAAUCAGAACCUUUGAUGAAUCAACAAUCGCAAUACGUGCCAGACUUCAGCUAUAACCGCGAACCACAAUAUACUCCUGUUCACCAAUAUACUCAUCCUCAAGUAUAUUUUGGUCCGACGCAGCCUUACCAACCAACUUCUUAUUAUCCUG